UUCCUUUAUUGUUCCUCACAGAGACAGAAAUCUUGCCAAACUAAAGCAAACUACUUGCCUCGUUAAAGAGAUACUUCAAGAAUUUCUAGGAAGAAGCCGUUUUGACUUACUUACUCCCAACCAAAUGUCUCUUGAUCCUCUGCAUUCGCUCUGGGGAAUCCAGACUACAUUCCACUACAGUAGAUGAUUGUCUGAUCUCACAGGUAAGUUGGAAGCGUCCUGGAGUUUUGAAAACUCAUAAAAGCAAAUCGCCCUUCUUUUCUGCUUUUCAAGCCUGUCAUCUCUAGUUUGUGACAGACGUUUCAUCUUUUCCCACUGUUACAUUCCGGUUAUUCAAGAGGUAGAAUUGUGAACCCUGCCAAUUCAGUUUGCAAAUAAAAUAAAAUAAACUGUCAAGAAAAACCUGAAUGUAAUGGAAAACCUGCUGGCAGAACAGUGAGCCAGGAUAUAUAAAGAAACUCAAAACUGACGCCUCGUUUCAUAUUUUGCAAUCUGAAUUGACUUUUUUCUCCAUCUCUUCGUCUCCACGUUCACCCACAGUAUCUCUGAAGUGUAUUCAAAAAAGAAAAAGAGAGAGAAAAAAAGGGGGGGUGGAAAACCUCCAACCAUCUUCUCUACCUCCCACACAGUUCAGCAGUGAAAUCUAUGCAUAUUUGUCUUUAUCAUGCUUGGUGACUCCAUAGCAAGAAGAAAAGCGCUGAAUCUCCUGAGCAGUUGAUUUUCUGGUGAAUCUGUUGGACCUCUCUUCAUCUUUUUCACAUGCUCAUGGACAGGACAUGGCAUGGGAUGAGUUUUAAGGAUUUCCUAUCAGUUUAAUUCCACCUGGAGCCUUAAAAAAAUGCGCAAAUCAUUGCUGGUGAGAAAUGCUGAUCUCUAUGAAGAUGUCAACUCAACAGAAGAGCCGGCCUCCUUAAUGAGCAACCAAACAGGCCAAGAAAGCUGGUCUGGAGAUGCCUCCCUUGGUUUGGGGACUCUCUGUACCAUUUACGCAGCCUACGCCUCCAUCAUUUCUAUGGGUCUUCUAGGGAACGUUAUCCUUGUCAAAGUCUUCUUCAAGAUCAAGCCCAUGCAAACGGUCCCCAAUAUUUUCAUUACCAGCCUGGCUUUUGGGGAUCUGCUCCUUCUCUUGACCUGCGUGCCGGUUGACGCUGCCUGUUACAUCGUGGAUAUGUGGUUGUUUGGACGAAUCGGCUGCAAACUCCUGUCUUUUAUUCAACGAACCUCCGUGGGGGUAUCUGUAUUCACCCUCACAGUCCUCAGUGCUGACAGGUACAAAGCUAUUGUGAAACCUUUGGAGCUCCAUUCGGAUGCUGUUCUGAAGACCUGCUGCAAAGUUGCUUGCAUCUGGAUCGUCUCCAUGUUAUUGGCUGCUCCGGAAGCCGUAUCUUCUGACCUCUAUACUUUUCACAUGCCCGAGAAGAACACCACCCUCAAAACCUGCGCACCGUAUCCCGUCUCUGAACGUGUCCUGCAGGAGGUCCACUCGCUGGUCUGCUUCUUGAUCUUCUACAUCUUACCCCUGGCCAUCAUAUCUAUCUACUAUUUUCUGAUUGCCAAGACGCUCUACAAAAGUACAUCCAGUAUGCCCGCAGAAGAGCAGGGUCAUGCUCGUAAACAGAUUGAAUCCCGCAAGCGAGUGGCCAAAACUGUGCUGGUCUUAGUAGGAUUGUUUGCCUUCUGCUGGCUACCCAACCACAUCCUCUACCUGUACCGUUCGUUCACCUACCACACUUCCAUAGAUACAUCCACUUUCCAUCUGGUGGCCACCAUUUUCUCCCGGGCGUUGGCCUUCAGCAAUUCCUGCGUCAACCCCUUUGCUCUCUACUGGCUGAGUAAAAGCUUCCGCCAACAUUUCAAGAAGGAAAUCUUGUGUUGCAAAGCCAAGAUGCCCGUCAGAAGGGCCAGCCUGACUCAGAGUCACACCCCAAGCAGAGCCAUGUCAGUCACAGGAUCGGAAAUCAGUGUCACUUUGCUCACAGAUUAUAGCAUCACCAAAGAAGAGGAGAGCGUUUAAUUGCCUGGAGGAUCAUCGUCCCGCUUGGACUGCCCAGCAAGAUCCAGAAAAUGGCUGAAUGUAGAGGAGAGCUUCUUGUGCUUGGCAGAAACCUUCCCAGUGCAUUGUAAGAUAUCACAUCUCAGCAUCACAAAACUUUUCCUGCAAAUCACAGCAACGUAUACACCCCUACGUGGUUUUCCUCCCAAGCUGCCCUCUCAGGCAUGUUUGACUUAAAUCAGAACCAGCAUAUUCCCUUUUACGUUACAAGGAGAAGAACUUGAUUUGGUUUAGAUCAGGAUACAGAACACUGGAAGCUGCGUAGGAAGGAAAGGCCUGUCAAGAAUCCGUUAACCUGAAGGUUGAGCUCUUGAGACUGCAGGAGGAGAAAAGGGCUGCUAGCAGCUCCAAUAGCAUUAACAGAAUAACAGAGUUGGAAGGGACCUUGGAAGUCUUCUAGUCCCACCCCCUGCUCAGGCAGGAGACCCUAUACCAUUUCAGACAAGUGACUGUCCAGCCUCUUCCUAAAAACCUCCAGUGC